AUGUCCUCCACAAAUCGUCCCUCUUCCAAGCUCGAGGCUGCGCUACAUGACGCCCAAUCGGCCUUGCCGGGCGUGAUUGUGGGCUCUCUUCUCCUUGGUGUCUUCACUCUACUUAUAGCCUUCUCGGCUUACAUUCUUAAACACAAAGGUCUGCGAAAGCGACCGUACGCCAUUAUGCUCUUCGCUGUAGUGCACAUGUACAGCUGUGCAUUGAUAUACUGGGCAGUCACCGUAUACUCUUUGCUUCAAGCAGUCGUGGAUCCCGAGGGGUACGCCCUCCUAGAUGCGUACUCGGCUGGGGUCAGGAGCAGGGUUACACUAGCUUGCCUGGGUCUGAAUUUCUGGUUCAGCGACUUCAUCGUCGUCUGGCGUAUCUGGGCACUGUGGGCCGAUAGUCGCAAGAUGUGGUGUAUCCGAGCGUUAUCGUGCACACUGGUCUUGGGUGUCGUCGUGGGUGGCCUAACAGACUUCAUACAAGACCUUACUAUAACGGUCGAUCUUAGCUACCCGACUGACGGGCAAGGAAGGUACUACAAUGAGCCAUCUCCUUUCUAUGCGAGUGCCGCCGGUGAAGUUGCAGCCUUGUUCAGCGGCGUUCUGAACAUAUGGUGUGUGGCACUUGCCUUCGUCAAGCUUUGGCAGAUACGAUGUCUACAGGCCAUCAUAGGUCACCAUGUUCGAGAUAGUCGCGCAGGUCGGCUUCUCAUUAUACUCUGCUUCAGCGGGCUAGCAUACUGCGCUUUCUGGGUGUACUGGGUGGUCACGAGCGCUAUCAAUCAGGGUCCCGGGCUGAACCAAACACUGCUUCUGUGCAACAAUGCGGCCGCGGUUCAGAUCAAUGGUAUAUAUCCCACCUUUGUGAUCACCAGCCUGUCUUUGCAACAGGCGAAUACCACAGACGACCAUCUAUUACCGACCGCAGUACUGUCAUCCGUUGUUGAUCCGCUCGUACGAUCUCAAAGCACGCAACAGUUUCCUUCGAGGCAGGGGUCCUUGAUGUCUAUGAUGACCCUAGCGAGCAAUACAUAA